AUGCCCAAGCUUCAACCAAGUUUGUUCGGGGCGCGAUGUGACAAGCGCGUUUCUGGAUGCAGAUCCAACGUCAGGAAAGUGAAGUUCACUCUGAUUGGAUUAUCCGAAACCCGACGCCCUAACCGUGAGUGUCUUCAACUUGGAUCAGGCUUUGUAUUAUACAAUAGUGGACGUUGCGACGAUACCCCCACAUAUGCUGGAGUGGGAUUUUAUAUGUCCACAUGGAUGAACAAAAAGCUCGUCGGUAUCCGUUACAUCAGCGAUCGUGUAAUACAAGCCGAGUUCCUUAUAAGAAAGAGACGUCUCAGGAUUAUUCAAGUUCAUGCGCCGACUUCUGCCGCAGCAGAUGAAGAGUAUGAGCAGUUCCUUGACGAGGUAGAAGCAGCACGACAUCCGUUUAGAAGUCCAGCUGUACCCGAAAUAAUCUUCGGCGACUUCAAUGCAGUCAUAGGACGCUCUCCCAACCAUGUGCCUGGAUGCGGACCUCAUGCUACUGGUAGAAGAAACGUUAGAGGCACGACACUGCUGUCAUUCUGCUCCGCAAAUGGCCUUUUAGUCGCCAACACAUUCUUCAAGAAAAGGUUUGGUAGAAAAUGGACAUGGAGAAGCCCAAACGGAACCACCCGUACUGAAAUAGACCACGUACUAUGCCCCAACCUAAAGUUUGUCCGCGAUGUGACAACGCUUUCUGGAUGCAAUGUCGGUAGCGAUCACCGGAUGGUACGAGUAACUUUGGCGAUGUCAAUGAAGCCUGCUCAUUUCCACCAAAAAGCAAGGCCCUUGCCACAGAGCUUCGACAAGCUGAAACUACAAGCUGCAAUGGCAAUGCAGCCCCUAGCACAGCAUGUGAAUCACCAAGCGCUCGAUUGGAAUCGGGUAUUCGCUUUAGGCACGGUUAGAAAUCGUUCUGCAUUCAAGCCCCUGCAGCGUGGAGAAAAUAUCGUCGGAAGCAUUUUCGCGCGGCAGGUACAAUUUGGUUUUUGGAGCCAAAAAAAAAUCGCAGCCUAUUCUUAG